GGGCCAUAAACAGCGGCUGUGCCUCCGCCGCUCCGCCGUGUCGACGCCUCUCUGCCCCGGCUGCAGCUCACAACACUCAUCGCGGCUCAAAUCCACGCCAGUCCGUCCCAGACCACCAGCCAACAACCGCCACGUCCAGGUCCAGGUCUAGGUCCAGGCAGUAUGGCAGCGCAACACCCAGAGUUUGAUCGAGCCGGACAGAAGCCGGGCCUUCAGGUGUGGAGGGUGGAGAACUUCGACCUGGUGCCAGUCCCCGAGAACCUGUACGGAGGGUUUUACACCGGAGACGCCUACCUCAUCCUCAACACCAUCAAACAGCGCUCCGGGGCUCUGCAGUACGACCUCCACUUCUGGCUCGGUGACUUCUGCACUCAGGAUGAGAGCGGCUCGGCGGCCAUCUUUACUGUCCAAAUGGAUGACUUCCUGGGGGGGAAACCCAUCCAGUACCGAGAGGUCCAGGGACACGAGUCCAAAACAUUUCUGGGAUACUUCAAGUCCGGAAUCAAGUACAUGAAAGGCGGCGUGGCCUCAGGGUUCAAGCAUGUCGUCACCAACGAGGUCACCAUGCAGCGCGUGCUCCAGGUCAAAGGUCGCCGUGCUGUCCGGGCAACGGAGGUGCCGGUCAGCUGGGACAGUUUCAACCAAGGAGACUGUUUCAUCCUCGACCUGGGCAACGAGAUUUAUCAGUGGUGCGGCUCUCAGAGCAACCGCUUCGAGAAGCUGAAGGCGACUCAGGUCGCCAAGGGUAUCCGUGACAAUGAGCGCAGUGGGAGGGCCCGGGUUUACGUCUGUGACGAAGGGAUGGAGAGAGAGAAGAUGAUGGAGGUUUUAGGUCCAAAACCAGAUCUUCCUGCCGGAGCCUCAGAUGACAUCCAGGCCGACGCCUCCAACAGAAAGAGAGCCAAACUGUACAAGGUUUCUAAUUCCACUGGAGACAUGACCAUCGCCCUGGUGGCAGCUGAGAACCCGUUCGCCCAGAGCGCUCUGGAGUCUGGAGACUGUUUUAUCCUGGACCACGGCUCAGAUGGAAAGAUCUUUGUCUGGAAAGGCAAAGACGCCAACAUGGAUGAGCGCAAGGCGGCGAUGAAGGCUGCGGACGAGUUCAUCAAGAAGAUGGGUUAUCCCAAACACACUCAGGUGCAGAUCCUGCCAGAGAUGGGUGAGACGCCGCUCUUCAAGCAGUUCUUCAAAAACUGGCGGGACAAGGAUCAGACGGUGGGACUGGGCGUGGCCUACAUCGCCAACAGCAUCGCCAAGAUCGAGAAGGUGGCCUUCGACGCCUCCACCCUGCACGACUCGGCUGCUAUGGCCGCUCAGCACGGCAUGGUGGAUGACGGCAGCGGCGAGAAACAGAUCUGGCGUAUUGAAGGCUCAGACAAAGUGGCGGUGGAUCCGUCCACAUAUGGACAGUUCUAUGGCGGAGACAGUUACAUCAUCCUGUACAACUACAGUCACGGAGGACGACAGGGACACAUCAUCUACAUGUGGCAGGGCAUGGACUCCAGUCAGGAUGAGAUCGGGGCCUCAGCGAUCCUCGGUGCUCAGUUGGAUGAGGAGCUGGGCGGUGGUCCUGUGCAGGUGGUUGGUGCUCCUAUAACCACUCAGGUGAGGGUGGUGCAGGGUAAGGAGCCGGCCCAUCUCAUGAGUCUGUUCGGGGGGCAGCCCAUGGUGGUCUACAAGGGGGGAACGUCCAGAGAGGGAGGUCAGUCCGCUCCGGCCGAGACCAGACUCUUCCAGGUCCGAUCCAACUCGGCAGGACACACCAGAGCUGUGGAGGUUGAUGCCGUCGCCUCCAGCCUGAACUCCAACGAUGCUUUUAUUCUGGCGAGCCCCGGCGGCUGCUUCCUGUGGGUGGGCGUGGGCGCCAGCGACACAGAGAAGCAAGGCUCCCAGCAGCUGUGCGACAUCCUGGGGGUGUCGGCCUCCGAACUAUCAGAGGGAGGAGAGACCGAUCAGUUCUGGGAGAUUCUGGGUGGGAAGACAGAAUAUCGCACGUCCACCAGACUCAAGGACAAGAUGGACGCCCACCCGCCCAGACUCUUCGCCUGCUCCAAUAAGACCGGAAACUUUAUCAUCGAGGAGGUUCCCGGGGAGAUGACCCAGGACGACCUGGCCACCGAUGACGUGAUGAUCCUGGACACCUGGGAGCAGGUGUUUGUCUGGAUCGGUAAUGAGGCCCAGGAGGAGGAGAAGACUGAGGCCAUGGCAUCUGCGGUCCGUUACAUCGAGACGGAUCCGGCCAACAGAGACCGCCGAACGCCCAUCGUCAAGCUCAAACAGGGCUUCGAGCCGCCCACGUUCACCGGCUGGUUCCUGGGCUGGGACCACGACUACUGGACCACGGACCCCCUGGAGCGGGCCAUGGCCGAACUGUCACUGUGAGCGCCGCCCGACGAGCCCCUCCCACCGUCGAUCCACACCCCAGCUCUAUCAGCCCUGACCUUUGACCCCGCUGCUCUGCUGCGAGAACUGAGCUCCGAUUAUAGACUUUUCCAACUGCCAAUAAUAUCUGUUUUGGUUUUUUUUACCUUUUUUCUUUUGUUUUUAACAGGUACAAGUCAGAGAAGCCAUGUUUGAUUUCACGUUGUCCCUUUACCGAUACAGAUAGAGGCAGAUCUCAGAAACAUGAGCUUCAUGUUGGUUUUUGCACUAAACAGUCUGCUCUGACAUUUACUGAAGCCAGUUUUCUUUGUUUUUAUAUUUUGACAAUAAAACCCGUUCACUAGUGAAAAGAAAUGAAGUUAAUCUAGAGUGAGAGCGUGUAGCGCCUUGGCCUAUUGAAACGACAACUCACUGCCAAAAACACAUCACCUUUACAAGCAAUACAACUGAUGCCUUAAUAGCUGUUCCUUCACUUCCGUAAACCUGUUUUUGUUACUGUUCCAGUUUAAAGAUGCCUUUAUAAAGUGAGUUCACCUUCACGUAUGUAUUUAUUAUUUUAAAGAUGCCAUAGAUAUGAUGCCCAGGAUGCCUGCGUGAUGUUGCCGUGGCCAACGUUUUACAGGAAACUGACGCUUUGCUGCUUUAUGAACUAGUUUGACACUUUCUGAGGUUUCCCUCUGCCUUGCUUCCAUUUCAAUAAAACCCAAUGUAAAAACACAA